CUCUCCCUUUCUCUCUAACCAUAAUUAAAUAAUUAUUUUUUGUUAUAACUAAGGAGCAGCUGCAGCAAGCAACAAUGGCGGAUCUCAAAUGGCUUCUCAUCACUCCCACCUCUUCUCUCUCCUCGCCUCCCAAAAUCGUGACUUUCUUCUCUCUCCCUCUGGAUCUCAGGUGAAAAUCGGGGAUCUUGAUGGAAAGAUUCUGGGAAUAUUCUUCUCGGCCAACUGGGAUCCGCCGUGCCGUGAAUUCACGCGCGCCCUCGCCGCCGUCUACGACAACCUUAAAAUUUCCGACGCCGGUGGGUUCGAGGUUGUUUUCGUGUCCUCCGAUGAAGAUAUAGAGGCCUUCAAGACCUACUUUUCCGCCAUGCCAUGGCUUGCUAUUCCUUUCUCCGAUUUGGAAAUUAAAAGAGCACUUAAUGAAAGAUUCGACGUCGAAGCAAUCCCCAGCCUCGUUAUUUUGCAGCCCGACGGCGGCGGCGCCACCGUGGUGGACGGGGUUGAUGUAAUAUUCCGGCACGGUGCUGAGGCUUAUCCGUUCAGCGAGGAAAGAAUGCGAGAGUUAGUGGAGAAGGAGAAAGAUGAGCACAAGAAUCAGAGCUUGGAAAGCUUGCUUACCAACGUUAAUGGCAGAGAUUACCUUAUCCGCCAUGGAUCAUCCCAACAGGUGCCUAUUUCGUCUUUGAUCGGAAAGACAAUCGGUCUAUAUUUCUCGGCGCAAUGGUGCUCGCCAGCCGUGAAUUUCACGCCAAAACUCACAUCUGUCUACAACAAGAUUCUCCAAAAUCACAACGAAACUUUCGAAAUUGUAUUCGUAUCGAACGAUCACGAUCAAGCAUCAUUCAAUUCGCAUCUCCAGGCAAUGCCGUGGUUGGCAUUGCCUUACGGCGAUGCGAACGUAAGAACGCUUGUGAGGCAUUUUGAUGUCCGGAGAAUCCCCUGUCUGGUCAUCCUAGGACCCGACGGGAAGACAGUGUCCAAGGAUGGGAGGAACCUCGUGAGCAUAUACGAGGAAAAGGCCUAUCCGUUUACGGACCAUAGAACGAAGGAAUUAGAGAAGGAAGCUGAGGAAGAAGCCAAGAACCUUCCGGUAUCGAAGGUGCAUUGGGCCCACCGGCACGAAUUGUCAUUGGCGCCGAUGGGCGGGCCUUAUAUAUGUUGUACAUGCGAUGAGCCCGGGCGGGGCCCAGCGUACGGGUGCAUCGGGUGCGGGUACGAGGUGCACCCCAAGUGUGUAAUGGCUAAGGUCGUAGGAAUUGAAUGACUCAUGGAUUUUAAUUUUAGUUUUUUUUUUUAUAAAGUGAGAAUCCGCAAUUGUUACU